AUUGAAUUUGGGGCGUGCUUACAAAGACACUCUCAGCUAGAGGUGCAUCAGCAUGUAAGGUACCACAACUGCGCAUUUCAUCCACUGAGCGCCUGCUGGAGGAGGAGAUACGAAUCAUAUAUACCUAACCAACCGUCUUUCUGGAUCACUCUGCUGGUCGGAACCGAUCACGGAGCACGUGCGUGCAGUGGAUACGCCGGAGCGCUGUGAGUCGUGGACUAAUUGCGGGGCGCUUGCGGGAAUACGAGGAACAUCUCUUUGCACGAGAGGGAAUAAAUCUAAUUUUCGUGUUCGUCUCCACACAGACUUCGAUUAAGAGGGCAUUUAGUUGGUGCUAAAAGUGAGACAGCGAUAUCAGGAAAGAUGUUACCGACGACAUUAGGGGGUUAGAGGUGCUGAGGUUCAUCCCAUCACUGAAUAUGGAGUAAAUUCCCACGUCUUUUCUUAUUUUGACACGGAAUACAGUGCACGGGAGCGCGUCACGAUUAUACGUCUCACAUUCAAGGGAGAAAUCAUUCCAUUCACAAGCAAUUGGAUGAGAGUCAUACUUGCCCUUGGCAACUAAAGAUGACGUUACUAUGGAAACGACUUGUGGUGCUAUCAGUCAUUGGCUGCCUCGCAGUCUCAUCAGCACAUGCAGAAGACACAAAGUUUCUUGGUCCAAGCUGGAAAAAGGAACCCGAAGAUCUGAUACUGCCCAUCCACUCUCCUGAGCAGGAGGCUAUUUUAACCUGUGAGGCAUCGGGAGUCCCUUCCCCUCAGUACAGAUGGUCUCUAAACGGAACGCUCAUUGAUCUUCAUGGUGACGAGAGGCGUCGCCUGUCUGGGGGUAACCUGAUCAUUACCAGUCUGGAACGGGACCAAGACAGCGGUGUCUACCAAUGCACUGCCUCCAACACCCAGGGAACCAUUCUCAGCCAGAGAGCCACACUACAGUUUGCAUAUCUGGAAAGCUUCAAAAUGCAGACACGAAGUGCUGUGAAUGUGAGGGAAGGCCAAGGGGUUGUUUUGUUAUGUGGCACACCUUUGCAUUCCGGUGAGCUCACAUUCACCUGGGUCUUCAAUGAGUACCCUCACUUCGUCCAGCAAGACAGCCGGCGCUUUAUAUCCCAAGAGACGGGGAAUCUCUACAUAGCUAAAGUGGAACCGUCCGAUGUUGGGAAUUACACCUGCGUGGUUAAUAACACUAUUACCAAGGAGAGGGUGUUCAGUUCGCCAACACCUUUAGUUCUGAGAAAUGACGGAGCGAUGGGAGAGUAUGAGCCCAAAAUAGAGCUUCAUUUCCCCGACACCAUUCCAGCUGCUAAAGGAUCCACGCUGAAGCUAGAAUGCUUUGCCUUGGGAAAUCCAGUUCCCAAGAUCAGCUGGAGAAGAACCAGUGACGUUUCGUUCCCAAACAAAGUCAAACUGAAAAAUUCUAACGCCAUUCUGGAGAUUCCGAGUUUUCAACAAGAGGACACAGGGACAUAUGAGUGCAUAGCGGAAAACAGUCGCGGAAAGAAUGCUGCGAGGGGUCGUAUGUCUUUCCAUGCCACACCUCAUUGGCUGCAGACGAUGACGGACAAAUCAUUGUCCAUUGAGGAGAAUCUGUUUUGGGAGUGCAAAGCCAAUGGGAAACCAAAACCCUCAUACAGCUGGCUGAAGAAUGGAGAAACUCUUAUAUCAGAGGGCCGAGUGCAAAUAGAGAACGGCGCUCUCUCCAUCUCCUCGCUAAACCUCUCAGAUGGCGGGAUGUAUCAGUGUGUGGCAGAGAACAAGCACGGCAUCAUUUAUUCCAGCGCCGAACUGAUGGUGCUUGCCUCUGCUCCCAGCUUCUCCCAGAAUCCUUUGAGCCGAGUGCUUAAGGCUCGCUCGGGUUGUGACGUUAGCCUAGAUUGCAGGCCACAUGCUUCGCCCAGAGCCAUUAGCCUGUGGAAAAGAGGGACCGAGAUACUGCAAAGAAGCGAAAGGAUUUCUCUCUUCCCAAAUGGGACUCUUAAAAUUGCCAACGUAACUAAGCGAGAUGGAGGUACUUACACAUGCAUCGCUAAAAAUCAGUUUGGCACAGCUAGCACAACAGGAAGACUGAUAAUCACAGAGCCCACGAGGAUCAGCCAGGGCCCCAGCAGCACAGAGAUCACAGUGGGUGAGAGCAUCGUGCUGCCCUGCCAGGUGACUGCCGAUCCAGCCUUGGACGUGGCCUUCUCCUGGGCCUUCAACGGUCAGCCCAUUGAUUUCCAUCAGGACGCCGACCACUUCGAGCGAGUGGGAGGGAGCUUUUCCGGUGAUCUUAUGAUUAGAAACAUCCAGCUUAAUCAUGGUGGGAAGUACGUUUGUCUCAUCGACACAGAUGUCGAGAGUUUGUCUACUGACGCAAUAUUGGUUGUUAAAGGUCCCCCCAGCCCCCCAGACUUGGUUGUGGUGGAGGAGGUCACAGACAGCACGGCCCAGCUGUCCUGGAGCCCAGGCCAGGACAAUGGAAGUCCCAUUACUGGAUAUGUGAUCCAGGCCAGGACUCCUUUUACUGUCGGCUGGCAAGCUGUCGACACAGUUCCUGAGGUGAUCAAUGGAAACACUCUGACUGCAACUGUGGUGGGUUUGAACGCUUGGGUGGAAUAUGAGUUCAGAGUCCUGGCCAGUAACAGUGUCGGGAUGGGAGAGCCCAGUCCCCCGUCUACCAAGAUCAGAACAGAAGAUGCUAUGCCUGACACGGCUCCCACUGAUGUCGGAGGCGGAGGAGGUACCAAAUCGGAAUUAGUGAUAACAUGGGAGCCUGUUCCAGAGGAGUUGCAGAAUGGAGAGGGCUUCGGUUAUAUCAUUGCUUUCCGGCCAGUGGGAAUGGUCACUUGGACCCGAGCCGUGAUCUCGGCACCCAGCGUCACCCGCUACGUUUUCCGAAAUGACACCAUCCCCCCGUUCUCCCCAUUCAACAUCAAAGUAGGAGCAUUCAACAACCGUGGAGAAGGACCUUUCAGCAGUAUUGCAACGGUGUUCUCUGCAGAGGAAGUGCCGAGCGUAGCACCGGAGAGAGUGUCAGCAAAAAGUCUGUCGGCGGCCGACAUCGAAGUUACCUGGGAGCUGAUUGCGUCGACCCCUGAAAGAGUUCUCGGAUAUGAGGUGGUGUACUGGGAAGAUGACACCAAGCCGGAUACAGUGGGUAAAGUGCGGAUAACUGGAAACUACACAGCAGUGAAUGUCAGCGGCCUGCAGGGGAACACUCAGUAUUAUCUAGCGGUGUGUGCCUUCAAUACUGCAGGAACUGGCCCCCAGUCUGUACCUGUCAAUGUUACCACCAAAAAACCACCACCUGGACAGCCCCCUCAGAAUGUAGAGUGGAAUCUGAUUGGCUCUCAGCUUGUGCUGCAAUGGGAUCCCGUCAUCGCUCUCGAAACUGAAUCUGAGGUCACGGGAUACAUAGUGCUGUACAGAAGACACCGGAAUAAUGACGUAUACUCCAUCAUCACCAACAAAACCUCGGUUGAGUUGACCCUCGAUCCGAACGACAACUACGUCAUUCAGAUCAAGACCCUCAGUGAAGGAGGCUUGGGGGAAGGAAGCGAGCCCAUCCACAUCUACCAGCUCAGCAUGGGUGCCCGUGGAUCCAGAGCAGGAAGGCUGUGCACACUCUCUCUCUCUCCGCUCCUCAUUUGCGCUCUGUCGACGCUCAGUGCCUCCUGAUGUUUGCCUCCCAUGAGCACCAGACCCAACCACUCCAAGAAAAACACACUUUCUGCUCUUUGCUUAUACAAGGCUUAUGUUUCCCAUCACAAUCUGACCAGAUGGGAUUCCCUAGCUCCGGCAACAUGUAUGGAAAAGCCAGAUAUUGAAAUGUCAUGGGAAUGUUGGCGAAUUCAUCAUUAGUAAACAUGGCAGAGCCCUGCAAGAGAGUCAUUAGGGUUUUUGGGAUGAUCUAGAGUACAGUAAAAAAAAAAAAAAAAAAAAAAAAAAAAAAAAAAACUUUUCUAAUUGUGUAUUUUUGGUUUCUUUUCCUGUAAAAAAAAAAAACCACUUCCCGGAUGAUUUACCCUGACAGAAAAACUGCAUAAAGUAUUAAGACUUGUUUUCAGAGAAUAUGGCUUGAAGUUUAUUUUCCUUAUUCCAUUGGUAUUUUUAUUUAUUUAUAUAUUUGUUAUUAUUUCUAACCAAAUCAUUAUGCUUAAAACAAGGAAAAAUGUUUUCCAAUGGGUUAAGAAAAAUAAACUUUGAAAACAAAUCUUAUUAAUAGGAAAACAAGACAGAAAUAGUUUAAGAUUUUUUUUUUUUUCUUCAUAUAAUGUGACAGUUUCUUUGGCACCCUACACACAGGAAAAAACAAACACAAACUGCUUUUGUUCUUUGUAUAAUACGCUUCUUUAUGCAGUGUGCCAAUGCGUCAUCUUUUCCUCUGAUCCAUGAGAACAAUCAAUGCCUUAAAUUCAUGUACGCACCAAAGUAGAUGAAAAUAGUUUUGCAGUUGAGGACAAGGGCUAAGAAACCAGUUUUGGUGGGAGUUGCUCUUAUAUAUAUUGUGGAUUUUUGGAUCUCUUGUGGUUUCAUUGUGCUAACUUAGUUCUGGGUCUGGGUUAACAAAGCCGUGCAUUGAUUUGUCCUAAUGGGAAUCUUCUAUUAGUUAAGAAAAGAGUGUCGCCAUCCCGCCUCUAUUACAGUGCAAUCGACUCCAAAGGCUCCCUCUCAGUCUCUUUGAUGGGUAUUAGCAUUUUGUUCGAUGCUUCAUGUCGGUUAAAUUAUUGAUGCGUUACGCAUUAGACACUCUACACAAUUAAGGCUUACUUUUCCUGUGAGUAUUUGCUCUGUAUAUGUCAUCUAGCUGAACCAUAUUUAAACUUUUGUGUUAUCUGCAACCCAUUCAUGCUUUUUAAUAUAUACUGUUACAAAAUACAAAAUGCCAUAGAAUAUGGUUUCUGUUACUGUACUUAGAAAAGUAAGCUUUUGAAAGGCAUUCAUGCCUCACACACUUCCACCUGUACUUAUGUCCGUGAGUGUUAGUAAACUGGCAUCUAAACUGCAAAACAAGUUGUCAAAAACUAAGUGAGGAGAUGUGGAACACUGCUGGAAGGGUAUCAAAUUUUUAUAGCUCUAAUGGCCUUGCAGAUGUGAAAAGACUGAAAGCCUUGCAAACAAGUACAAGUCUGAUGCGUGAAAGUCCCUAGAGUUCCCUACCAGUCUGAAAAAAAAUCUGAGUUGUUCAAGGUGGUUUUCCAUCCUAAUCCUGUAGUAUUGUUCAAAAGACACAGUAGGGUUGCACUAUAAAUAGUAUUUUAUUUGUGAUCACGAUUAUUGUUUCUGUCAAUUAAUUAAGCUCCUGUGUCUGCAAUAUAACCUACUGGUUAUUUAUCAUACUUUUUAUUUGUUUUAUUUAUUUAUUUAUUUAUUUGCUUGCAUUAUCUUGCAUGUGUAACAAGCCUCCAUAAGCUUUCAUGCUUGGGGUUGCCAGAUGUCAAAAGCUUAAAUCCCCCAAAUAAGAGAUUUUCUUUUAAAGGGACACAUUUUCUGCCCAGUAUAAUACUUUUUGGUGAUGAACUGUAAUAAAUCCAAACAUGGAUCACAACAGUAAUGUUUGCGAUUUUGGUUGCUGAAUAGAUGCACUUAAGCAACCUCCAUGCCACAGUACAAAAUCAGUUUUUAUAUGAUAGGGUAAAUAUACAGUAAUAAAUCAAAUAGAUGAGGCAAAUUAAACCAUGUAUAUGAGCUGAUGUUUUCUUGCGAAAGUGUGAUAAUCCCAAUUAGAGGUAAAAAGUAAUUCCUCAAAAUACAAGUAUGGCGUUAAAACAGCACAGAGAAACAAUAUUAUUGUAAUCACUUUCUAAAAGAUUUUAUUUAUUUUUUUCAGCUGAUGAAUGAUAAAAACACUGACACCCAAUUAGAAUCCAUCCUGUUUUUACAGUGUUCAAGCAUUUAAAAGGACAGACGACAAAACUGCUCAAGCUUAUAAUAAACAUAACAAUAUUGUGCAUUGGUGUGGGCGCUAAUAUAGUUGUUGUUUAUAGUUAUCUUCGUAGUUCUCGCUCUUGGUAUGAACGGACCUUAAUAAUCGAGAGCAUACAUUUUGAGCAAAAUAUAAGUGAUCUGUUCAGUGUUAUUUCACAGAAUAUUAGUGAUCAGUUUAACCAUUAUCGUGCAGCCACAUGAUGAUAUUGGAUUACUAGUAUAUUGGUGAUCAUAUCUCACGCUGAUACCCAUCUAACACGCACUGUAUUCUGAAUUUCUCAUUUGUACCCUCAAUGAGACAAGAGGCGAGUCACUUCGGGGGUGACCUUUUAAUGCAGAGGUUCGCUGCCAAGGAAUAGUGCCUUCACUGGACAAUAUGUUCCUGGCUCUGUCAUGGCAGUAUCAGGCUGUAGAGUCCAUAUUUUGCACUUGUUCUUCUCAACGUCAGAAGAAAGCACAAGGUAGUGAACCAAGGUGACAUAGCCUUCCUGCAAAGUCUCCAGAACAGGUGCAGCACAGCCCAUAAAGACAUGUUAAAAACAUUAGCGAAGAAGAUAAAAAAGAGGCAGCAGAGUCCCAAUCAGGACAGCCUAUCUGUACUCCUUCAAGCAUUCAUAAAGGUCUGGGAACCUUGAUUAGGCUGCAGUGGCCCAGUCAAUGGGAUAUCGAUUUUUCUGCUCUAUAUUGCGACUUUCAGAAUGCAGACUCUUGAUUGACUGAUGUCUGUGUUCCUGUCAGCCGUCUUGUGUGGAGUUUGUGCUUCGAGUGUCUGAGAUGUCCUUGCCCUUCUCCCAUUCAGAGAGUUUGAGUUUUAGCAGAAAGAUGCAGAAAACAAAGAGAAGUUUCUUGAAGAAGAAUAAGUUACAUUUUGCAAUCCUAAGCAGUAGUCGAAGCAGGAGAAAAACACAGAAACAACAUUUCAGGAUAUGCAGACGUACACUACAGUUCAAAGGUCUGGGGUUGGCUCGAUUUUUUAUUUUAUUUUUAUUUUUCAUUGGAAGAAGUCUCUAAUAUUCACCAAGUCUGCGUUUAUUUGAUCAAGAAGUAAAAACUGUAAUAUUGUGAAACAGUAUUUAAAAUAACUGUUUUCUGUUUUAAUUUUAAAAUGAAAUGUAUUGCUGGGAUGCAAAGCUGAAUUUUUAGCAUCAUUAUAUGCUGAAUAUUUAUACCAUGAUUCAUUGAUAAAAAGAAAUUAUUUUAUGAAUACAAAGUUCAAAAGAACAGCAUUUAUUAGAGAAAUCAUUUGUAACAUAAAUGCUUUGAUCAAUUUAAUGCAUUCUUGCUGAAUAAAAAAAUAAUACUAAAUUCCAUAAAAUCCCUAUGUUACAUCAAAGAAGUAAAGUGGGUUGCAAACACAACUUUAGAGCCUCUAUUAGUUCUAAGUUUAUUUUAUGGUGUUCUUUAUAGUUCUAUAGUUGAGUUUGUCUCUUUGAAAUUACAACUUAUUUAUAGUUCAUCUAUUAUUUUGAGACAUUUUUUUUCAGCAUAGGAAAAUGAAAGUAGACAUUUGAUAUGUAAUAUAACUAUAUCAUAUUACAGUAAUUACAAAGUUAGUGCUGCUUCUCACACCCCUUGAUACUAAUGGUAUGUUCGUUUUUCCAUGCGCUGCUUUUCCUCCUGCUCUUGGUUUGUUCCAAUGUGCCCCGACCCUCAGUUACAAUAUCUGCGUAAUGAUGCAUAUAAACACUGAAACAAUAAUUGUUGUUUAAUAGCAAUGAUUUCUUUGGUACUCUUAAAAUUGUGAAGUCUAAUUUGCCUAAUUUUGUGUACACCGUAUAAUUAGCGAGUUUCAUUUCUACACAUUAUGGUUUCCCUUUGGCAAAACUUUGAUAUGAUAUAAAACUCUGAGCUGUUAAUAACAGAUCUUAUCGCUACAAUCCAAUUAUGUUUUUAAGUAAUCUGAAAUGAAAAACGACAAUACCUUGGCCAGAUGUAAAUAGUGGCUAUAUAUUUUUAGAGUCGGCCAGCAUUGAUAACCUGACGUUUUCUACUGCACACGGCCCUGAGAAUUUAAUACUGAUGUAUUAAUGAAUAAUCUCUGUGAGAUGACUUACAUAUAACAUGACAUUUUCAUAUUGAAAAGUAACUGUUUUGUCUUGUAUACUAAAACUGUGCAUGUGGAAAAAUGUUUAGUGCAUAUGUGUUGAAUUUUAUAAUCCUGUUAAAAACGUAAUAAAAAUGUCAAAAGCC